AUGUCCGAAGAUGGGGACGAAACUGCGGAGGACAAUAUGUUCAUCCGCUGGGUGCAUGGCGUCCGACGCCUCAGUAGCGUACACGCGCUACGCGGAAGUGCCAAUGUGGCAGACGUUCGUCUAGAGCGAAAUCUAUGCUAUGACUUCGCGAAGUUGAAGGCCAGAGGCCGUCUGCGGGGAGUAUCACGCUCCCGCUAUGCUUCGUCUGCCUCUGCAGCUGCGAGUUCACGUCAAUCUUUUGGCACUAACUCGCCCGCUCUAACUACGACGAGUGAGAAACGUGACGCUCGUCAAGACGGGCUCGGCCGUGGCGCUUAA